GGGGCGGGGUUAGGCAGGUGAGUGACAGGCUCUGGGGGGACGGCCCCAGCUGGGAGCCCCGAGCGAGCUCGGAGUAGCUGCGGCGGUGCCCGCCCCCUCCCUCCGCCCCUCCAGGGGAGCUGGUCUCCGGCCGGGCACCGUCGCGGGCCCCCCUGGCCCGGCCACCUGGGACUGUGCUGGGGAGUCGGCCACUUCGCUCUCUUCCCCUCGCCCCAAACUUUGUGGCGAAGCCGGCGCCGUGGCAGAGUGCGCCCCUGCGGGGAAGACCGAGGAGUGCCCGAUGCCGAGCGGCAGGAGCCGUUGACCCCCGGACACCACCGUCCGGGACCGGAGCGCCGAGCAGCCGCCCACCCCGCCGCCUCCGGUGCAUGGGGCCUGGCUGAGGAGCCAGCAUGGGCAACUGCGUGGGGAGACAGCGCCGGGAGAGGCCGACCGCCCCGGGACACCCCCGCAAGCGAGCAGGACGCAACGAGCCCCUGAAGAAGGAGCGGCCCAAGUGGAAAAGUGACUACCCCAUGACCGACGGGCAGCUACGCAGCAAGCGGGACGAGUUCUGGGACACAGCACCCGCCUUCGAGGGCCGCAAGGAGAUCUGGGACGCCCUCAAGGCUGCUGCCUAUGCCGCCGAGGCCAACGACCAUGAGCUGGCCCAGGCCAUCCUGGAUGGGGCCAGCAUCACCCUGCCGCAUGGCACCCUAUGUGAAUGCUACGACGAGCUGGGCAACCGCUACCAGCUGCCCGUCUACUGCCUGUCCCCGCCCGUGAACCUGCUGCUGGAGCACACGGAGGAGGAGAGCACGGAGCCCCCUGAGCCCACGCCCAGCGUGCGCCGCGAGUUCCCCCUCAAGGUGCGCCUCUCCACCGGCAAGGACGUGCGGCUCAGCGCCAGCCUGCCGGACACGGUGGGCCAGCUCAAGAGGCAGCUACACACCCAGGAGGGCUUCGAGCCGUCCUGGCAACGAUGGUUCUUCUCCGGGAAGCUGCUCACUGACCGCAUGCGGCUCCAGGAAACCAAGAUCCAGAAGGAUUUUGUCAUCCAGGUCAUCAUCAACCAGCCCCCGCCGCCCCAGGACUGAUGGGCCCCUGAGGACCCCCGGGGAGAGAGCUCCCGGCCCCCACCCCCCACCCCACUGCUGCCUUCCAGCGCUGUUCCUCCCUGCCGGAUGGGUGCCAGGCAAGCUGGGAAGGAGCCCUGCCUCCCAGGGGCAUGCGGGCCACCCAGCGCCCGGCGCCAGGAAGCAGAGCUGCCACACACAGGCCUUGCCGACCAUGUCAUCGGAGAAGAGGUGGCCGGGGGCCUCCCCCUACCCCUCUCCCAAGGCAGUUUCGAGCCCUGAGGGCAGGCUAGAGCCCCGAGCACAGGCCUGCCCCUGGUGCUCUCAGCUGUGCUCCCUCCGGUUUUCUGCUCAGGGUCUGAAGCAGCUGCUGUCUCCCACCCCCUACCCUUGCCCGGGCACAGUGCCAGUCCCCUGGAGGGGAGGGGACCGCUACAGGGCCCAGGGCGCUGGGGAUCGGAGGCGGGCCUCUGCCUCUCCCUGCCCCCAGCACAAUUGGCAGAGAGGAAGCAGCAGCCGCAGACGGCUGGGCUGUUGUGGCAGGGACUGCACAGGAGGGCUCUGCAGCCUGGUCGGGGCCCCACAGCAGGUCCCUGUGUACAGACGUUAUCUGCAUAUUUAUCAAUAAAGCCUUUUGCUCCUUC